UCACUGCUUGCCAAUUGCUUGUGGUCUUGUCUCAGCCUCGUUCGCUCGAGUCUGGUCAGAGCGAGAGGACACUUUAUGGGAUACGGAAGCACUCGUGGAGCACAAACUCACCGAAAGAAUAAUAACAACACCGUAUCUGUCGAACGUGACAUCACAGUCUCGAACAGCUACCAAGUGAGGAGCUAGCGAACAGUUGAAUUUUAUACGUGGUCGUCGCGCGCUUCCCGUCACCUACCUCAAGGAAGAAGGACCAUUGGAGCUCAUCGUUGCAGAGCCUCUUCACGUCGUGGCCCCCUCAGAUGUUGGAUGGAUGCUGAGCCGAGCUAAGGAACUUUCAAGACAGCAAGAGAGGCAUCGGCGCGAGAUUUGACGCUGUCAGUGUCAUUGCAUCCAACCCAACCUGACGGUUGGAGGUGAACAGUGGUGUGCUGGGGUCAUGUGUUGCUGCUGAGUCGUCACUUGGGGGCCACCAUGAGGCGAACGCCGCCUCCUCUCCACUCGCCCAGAUCGCCCCCCUCGCCCCUCCCCUUCUUGCUGCUGCUGCUGCUGCUAUUGGGCACCGCCGCUUCCAUGCCACCACCUCCCGGUGGCGCCACCCCCUUUCCUCAGGACCUGGAGCCCAUCAGCGUGGUCGGACGAGACUCUUCCUACUUGUUCCCCAGUUUCCAAGGCUUGAUGGAGGACAAUGACACAGAGCGUCUGGGUCUGGACUUCCAGAGGAUGCUGAGGAUCAACCACAUGCUCUAUGUUGCCGCACGGGAUCACGUUUUUGCCAUCAAUCUGGCGAUGUCCUCGGAGCAAAUCUUCCCGCAGCAGAAGCUGACGUGGAAGACGAAGGAUGUGGACAAGUGCACGGUGCGAGGGAAGAACAGCGAUGAAUGUUACAAUUACAUCAAAGUUUUGGUGCCCCGCAACGAUGAGACGCUGUUUGCGUGCGGUACUAACGCCUUCAACCCCACAUGUCGCAACUACAAGAUGUCGACUUUGGAGCAGGACGGCGAGGAGAUGGUCGGUCAGGCUCGUUGUCCCUUCGAGUCGCAUCAGUCCAACGUCGGGCUUUUUGCAGGGGGUGACUUCUACUCGGCAACCAUGACUGACUUCUUGGCGAGCGACGCGGUGAUUUACCGCAGCUUGGGGGAGAGUCGCCCCGUACUGCGGACUGUCAAGUACGAUUCAAAAUGGCUGCGAGAGCCUCACUUCCUGCACGCCAUCGAGUACGGCAACUUUGUGUACUUCUUCUUCAGCGAGAUCGCUGUGGAGUACACGUCACUGGGCAAGGUGGUUUUCUCCAGAGUAGCGCGCGUGUGUAAGAACGACAACGGCGGUUCGCCUCGGGUUCUGGAGCGCUACUGGACAUCCUUCCUGAAGGCCCGCCUCAACUGCUCUGUGCCCGGAGACUCCUUCUUCUACUUUGACGUGCUGCAGUCGCUCACUAACGUGCUGCAGAUCAACCGCCGGCCCGCCGUGCUCGGUGUCUUCACUACACAGGCAAACAGCAUCACCGGCUCGGCCGUGUGCGCCUUCUACAUGGAUGACAUCGAGAAGGCCUUUAGCGGGAAGUUCAAGGAGCAGAAGAACAGCGAGGCGGCCUGGACGCCCGUCCCCGAUGAGCAGGUCCCCAAACCAAGGCCCGGCUGCUGCGCCGGCGAAGGUUCAGCUGCUGACCUGAAGUCAUCCACCGCUUUCCCCGACGAAAUGCUGACAUUCAUCAAGUCCUACCCGCUCAUGGAUGAGGCCGUGCCCUCCGCCAAUAACAGGCCACUCUUCACCAGGACCACCAGCAGGUUCAAGUUGACUCAGAUCGCAGUCGACACGUCUGCGGGUCCCAACAGGAACUUCACAGUCAUCUUCUUGGGUUCGGAGGACGGCCGAGUUCUGAAGGUUCUCACCAGCACCGAUGGAAACAAUCAGACGCUCAGCACCACUCUUCUGGAGGACAUCAGCGUCUACAACGAUAACAGAUGCAACGUGAGAGGGGAGGCGCGUCGGGUCUUGGCAAUGGAGCUCGAUCGAGACCACCACGCCCUCUUCGUGGCCUUCUCCGGGUGCGUCAUCCGCGUACCGCUCAGCCGCUGCGACGACUACAGCGAUUGCAAGACACGCUGCCUGUCCUCACGGGACCCUUACUGCGUGUGGCUGAAGACCGGAAAGUGUGUCGCCACCACACCCGGAAUCAAAAGCGCCUUUGAGCAGGAUGUGGAGAACGCCGCUCCUCUCCAUCCGAACGCCUGUCACGAUAUCCUGGCGACCACUCGCAAGCAUAACACACCUCUGGACUCGUCUUACGGGAAGGCCAUCCCCACAAGCGCCGGCCCAUCCAAUCAUAUGGAGGCAGGUGACCCUGAAAGAGGUCCAGGUCCGGAGGGCCCUCCCUACGAGGGGGAGCUAGGGUCACCUGACUCGGAGCCAAUCAUUGUGGAGAUGGAGGGCGUGCGCCGUCCUUCCGAAGCGGACAAGAGCAACCACAGCGUCCACUACACGCUGCUGAUCGCGUGCGUCCUGGUGGCCUUUGUGCUGGGCGCCUUCCUCUCGGGUUUUCUGGUAUCCUGCUACUGCAACCGGACGGGGCACAAGACCCGCAAGCUCUCCAAGGACCCUGAGGUCCAGAUCCCUCACGCGCUGUCCCUGCGCAGCUUGGCCAAGCUCAAUGGCCUCCUGGAGGGCGGCGCCGGCAAGGAGGACAAGCUGGAGGCAUCUUCCCCGAAGAUCUACAGCUCCUUGUUCUCCAAGGAGGCCCCCAGGAGGAGCGCCCACCAUGCCAUGUCAAUGGGGGACCUGGUGCUGCCACACCACCACCACCUGCGCUCGUCCUCGGAACUCUCUGGACUGCCCACGCCAGACUCUACGCCCGAGCUGCCCAUCAAGAGCAUGAAGGCCUUCCGAAACCAGUGGGAGAAGAACCACAACUGCAACAACGCGUCGCGGCCGCCGUCGGCCCACGUGUUCCCCUACGGGGCGUCGCGCCAUCCCGAUGAGCGCAAAGUCCACAACGCCGAGCGCCUCCUGCCGCAACACCCGGGCUACGCCCACAAGGUGAUGGAAGUCACCUCAUUGGACGAGCUACUCAAGCACAUCCACGAGGGGGGCGGCGCCAAGACGCCGCAGCUCAUCAGCCCGUCGGGGGGGCAUCACACUGGCGGCGCGGCAGCGGCGGCGGGGCACCUGGCCUACGCCGGCCGCGUCCAGCCUCACAUUCCCGAGACGGAGUCGGCGCCUUACUACAGCUCGUCCACGCUGCCCCGCGACAGCCUCACCCGCCGCAUGGACGUCCCCCCGGACCCGCCGCCGCCCGCGCCGCACACGUCCACGCUGGAGCGCCGCCAGUCCUCGUCCCAGAGGCACUCCUUAAUGGGUGCCGGCGGCGGCGGCGGGGCGGCGCUCCCUCGCCAUCACAGCUUCAGCCAACGUAUGGGAGUCGCCCACCAGCCGCCGCCCCUCUUGGCGCGCAUGAACUCCACAGGAAGCUGCGACGGCCACUUUCCCCUCCUGCCGCCCGGGUACUUGGCACGCUACAACGCCGCCCAGCAGGAAGGCCCCCUCAGGGGCGGCGGAGGGAUGCGAAGGGGGCCCCCCCUAAAAUCCGACGCCCCGCCCAAGCCGCUCUUUAUUCCCGCCUCCUCGCCCGUCAGCCCGCACGCCAAUUUCAACUACUGACGGCAUUUCAGACACGGACCGGCGCCUCAAGUCGACGUGGGGAAUUAUCUUUGUACCAUAUUGGUAUUGUUCUCUUCUACGUGACGCACUACAUUGACCUUGCAACGCAACGCAGCGCAGAACAGCUGAUGGCGUCCUCAAAGUGCAACCGCAACAACUUCAGCCACUCCUGAGUCAAAAACUGAAUCGCUAAUCACAACCUAACUAUGUCAACAACUACACCAACCACGACAUGAAUACUGUAGUCACGUCAGCUGCGUGAACGACUACGACUGCAUUCACGACUCCAGUCCGCAAGAGCAAUGAUUACAUUGUCUCCGCAACAACUACAUCAGUGACGACAUUGCAUCACUCACCGCAUAUCUACGUGAACAAUUACAGGAACGGGCGACAUCAACCACGACGUUAACAACAACAACAACAGCGACUUGGGUGACCACGUCAUCAACAGUAUUUCUUCAAUGACCACAACUAUGUGGAGUCAACUCAUCAAAAACAAUUAGAUCAAUGUCGACAUCAACAACUACAACAACAAUAACAGCUACACCAACAAACACUUUAAUAACGACCGAACAUCACACGUAUACCGGUUACACUGUCAACAACUAAAACAAUAACCGCAUCGACUUCAACAAUAACUAUCUCAACGGAUUAUCUUAUCACGACAUCAACAAUAACUACAUCAAUGACGACAAUGUCAACGCAAACACUAUCUGAAGAACAACUGCAUUCAUACCAAACUGCAUCGGUGUGUACAUCUACACCUAUUUGAACAACUACAUCAACAACUACAUGGACUACGGCGGCUGCAUCAACAUUAACAGCAAGACCAGUGACUUCUUGAAUAACCACUACAUCAAUAACUACAUUAAUAACCAAUACACAUUGUCUACACAACCAUACCAAUGGCGACGUUAGCAAUUUGCGUCAACAACAAAAAGAAUGACAUCAAAGUGUAAAGUGCACCGACGACUUCUACAAUCACUACAUACCAGCUAAACAGACGUCAACAAUGACAACUACAUCGAUCGUAUCGAUAACUACUAGUGACUCCUUUUGUAACGCCAUCAAACAACUACAUUGACGACAUCAACAGCUACAUUGCCCACAAUAACUACCGCAUUAGCGAAUACGCAGCAAUUGCAUUGACGGCGACGCGAAGGUUGCACCGAGUUGCGGUAAAGACUUGAAGCGACGUGAAGCGCUGCAACGCUUGGUUCUCGUUUUCUUUGCGAUGUCGUUGUUGCUAACAGAAUGUGUUUCUAUUAUGCAUGUGUGCGUGUGUGUGCGAGCGUGCGUGCGUGCGUGCACUGUAUACUGUAUGUGUGUGUAGAGCCACAUACAGUAUAUGCAAUCUGCAGUAUAUAUAAAUAUAGAUAUAUAUAUAUACAUAUGUGUGUGUCAAGUUGUGAUGACAUUAGCAAGAAAGUAACUUUUGUCUUUGCCUUAUUAUACUCAAAAACCAUGAAACUCCCCAAACGCCACCCCUAAUCCCCUCAAAAAGAAAAAAAAAAAAGAAAAAUUCUCCAAAAACUAAAAAGCCCUCAAAACCGACCAACAAAUACAUUUGAGGCUUAUUCCUAAAAUGUUCCUGAAAUGACAUCACAGCAUCCUGACUUCAUUGUCAUUUGGCUGCGCAAAAAAAAAAUGCCAAUUUUAUUAUUGUGUUUCCUUUUUUUGCAUUAUUCGUUUUUAUGGGGGGGCGGUGCAGUGGCACCAGUCUGCUGACGCCGACAACUCGCUGUUGUCUUUUUUUUUUUUGUUGCUCUUGUUUUUCCCUGGGAAGAAAUUUUGAUUGUUGCUGACAUGGACAUUUCUCCAGGGGGAACAUUUUGGACCGCCAGAGGCCGACAUUCCCAAAACAAACUACGACAAUAGCGAGAGCUGCACUUCUUAUCGACACACUUUGAGGUUAAUGCUUGUAAAUAAAAACAUACUGACUACA